AGCAGGUGGGGUUUUUGUUCUCGUCGUGUAACGGGACACAGGACGCGGGGGUGAGCCGCAUAUCGCGUGCUUGCGUGCGUCAGAGAGGACGUGGUAGGACAGCUGGAGCGCGCGCGCCCGCCCGCCCGAAGAGCAAUAACAGCAUUUUCAGCGACAUCGCUCGAUUAACGCCAUGCAAAUAACACGGGAAAAUGAAACGGGACUGGCACUAUAAAGAAUGCAAGACAGUUGUCGUGUAUAUGAUCUCCUAAUGCUUCCUAUAAUUUAUGACUAACACGAUUUGGGACGUUGCUUCACAGUCGCCAGAUCUCAGGGAAUAGUUGAAUCUUAACCUCCACAUACCCAGACAAACCCAAGCAGCAUGCCAGAGCAGAGCAAUGAUUACCGGGUGGUGGUGUUUGGAGCAGGGGGAGUGGGCAAGAGCUCCCUGGUUCUGCGCUUCGUUAAAGGCACCUUCAGGGACACCUACAUCCCGACGGUGGAGGACACGUACCGGCAGGUCAUCAGCUGCGACAAGAGCGUAUGCACUCUGGAGAUCACCGACACCACUGGCAGCCACCAGUUCCCUGCCAUGCAGCGUCUGUCCAUCUCCAAAGGCCAUGCCUUCAUCCUGGUCUACUCCAUCACCAGCAGGCAGUCGCUGGAGGAGCUGAAGCCCAUCUACCAGCAAGUGCUGGCCAUCAAAGGUAACGUGGAGAGCAUCCCCAUCAUGCUUGUUGGCAACAAGAGCGACGAGACCCAGCGCGAGGUGGAGACCAAGGAGGGCGAAGCCCAGGCAAACAUCUGGAAAUGUGCGUUCAUGGAAACAUCAGCCAAGACCAACACCAACGUGAAGGAGCUUUUUCAGGAGCUCCUGAAUCUGGAUAAGAAGCGUGAUAUGAGUCUGAACAUGCGCUCCAGCAAGCAGAGACGUGCAGACAAGCUGAAGGCCAAGUGCAGUGUGAUGUAGGAGGCUGGAUCCACGGCCGCAUCAUUCAACGUGUAACUGACUCCUCCAAAAUGUACAUAAGUCCCUCACCUUAAAGGAACAGUGCGCACAAAAAAAUGAAACUUCUGUCAUCGGUCACUUAUUGUCCUGUCAUUUUAACCCAUACGGCUUUAUUGUUUCCAGGGAACACAAAGAGAAAUUGUAAUACAAUUGUACUGGCCGCACUUGUCCAUGCAAACAAAAAUCUUAAAAAAGGUGUUCUAAACGUCUUUGCACACACGUCUUUGACAUUUUCGCACGUUGAUAAAUAAAUAUGACCUCACGUUGUGUCCAUCAUGUUUACACACAGCCUCUGAAACUUUUGUCCGUCAUAAAAAUUUAAUAAAAAAUUGGAUCAGGUUCGAUUUUCUGUGUUUUCACAUCCGUAGCAUGCAUUUUGAUAGGAAAGGAUGGUGAAUACACAAAAAUUGAAAAACACAUGCGAAAAUUUCAGACCGGGUGUGCAAAGACCUUAAGUCUUAUGAGGGAGGUCAUAUGAUAUUAUAUGAUAACUUUGGGUUGAGUUAUCACAAGUUGAACUAGUGAAUGAUUCAUUCAGGUCAAUUUUAUUAAAUGAAUCGGCUGAUUCUUUAAGAAGACUUGAACAAUUUGUUCAGAAAUCAAAUAUCAUUAGCUCUUACAAUAACAUGGCAAACCGACCCAGGGUGAAUGUAACAUUUUCUCACUCAGAUCCAUUGAGUGCAUUCAUAAGACUUGGAAAAGAGCACUAUUCAUACGGACCGCCUUUAUGAUACUUUUAUGAUUUUAUGUCAUUAUGAUUUUUCUUUGUGUGUGUGUGUGUGUGUGUGUGUGCGUGUUAAACUGGAUUAAGCGACGCAAGAGUGAAAAAAUGAUGACAGAACUUUCAUUUUUAGGUGAACUCUCCCUUUAACUCUCCAUCCCUCUCAGUCUUAAUCAGGUAAUCUUUAGUGUGCAUCCAAAUCGGCGACUAUCUCCCUUCACCUGUUUGUUCUGGCUCCUGUAGUGAUUCUAUGUACAAGACAAUAAGAGCUGACACAUGAAGCAGGGAGAACGUCCCACGAUUCCCACACAUGCUCUCUUUACUGCUUUCUGUUGACUUUUUAUUGAAUUCAAGACAGACCAAAUCAUCAGUGUGGCCAUUUUUACAUCAGGCUGUGUCUUUAAUGGUACGGCGUCGAAAUGCGGACAGAAACGUCUUGAACUGGUUCUUGCAUUGUACGGGAUUCCCGUCCAAAGACGGAAGAGGCCUGGGCACAGCUGAAGAGGCGACACUAUCCGCUCUUCCAAAUUCCAUAUACUAUAGCAGCAUAAAAGCCUGUUACAAUUCGGGACGAAGGACAUUCUUAGUUAACCGGCUUGCCAGUGAUGUAACCUGGUAUAACAGAGUAAAGUGCAUAAUGCAUGUCUGAUGAUAUAAACUACCUUCAUAUUAAAUGUUAUUGAGAUCUUUCCAUCAAGAACAGAGCUAUACCUUAUUGAAGCACAGUGAAUAAGUCCUAAAUGUGAUCAUUUCUAAAAUAUAUAUUUUUUUUUUGUGACAGGGUGAGGUUCGGGGUGUCGACUGGUGUUCUCUUUUACUCUGUUUCGUUUUUCAAGUGUUGAUGGCACUCGAAGACAUUAAUAUAUGCAUUUCAUCAUCUAACUGAAAACAUAUAUCCUGUAUGUGAAAUCUAUGUGUAUUAUGAGCACUAAUGAAAGCCCCCUGUACAGCCCCUGUUUUUCUGUCAGUGUCUAUAUUUCCUCUGAUAAAUUUAAUGCCAUUUGCUUUAGCAAUACAUGAUAUAAAAGCACUUUUAGAAACCUGAGCACAUUCAACACACAGAGCGUUAACCUUUAUAAAAAUGUUCUUGUCAAACACACUCUGCGUUUACAGCUUUACUGCAGAUCAAGUGUUUAUUCAAUAAAUAUUAUGCGAGGGACCAGAAAAAUAAAGAAGCACAAACAAAAGGGAAAGAAUUACUGCUUGUUUUCUUUUGUGGUUCUGAACAUCUGUAUUCAGUAUAAAGUGGCUCCAGAAGUGUGCGUAAAAAUGUUUGGAUUUCAUUCCAUUUAGAUACAAAGUAUUAAACUAAGUGGCAUCCUGAAACAAA